AUGUGUGGUAUUCUGGGUCUCAUCCUGGGCGACCAUACCUCGGACCCCUACACCACCAAUGCGGCUGCAGAUCUCCACGAUGCCCUCUACUACCUUCAGCAUCGCGGACAAGAUGCAUGCGGCAUAGCCACUUGUGGUUCGGGUGGACGGAUCUACCAAUGCAAAGGCAAUGGAAUGGCUGCCAAAGUCUUCCAGGAUGGCUCCAGAGUCCAGGAUCUCCCCGGCUUCAUGGGCUUGGGACACUUGAGAUAUCCCACCGCCGGUAGCAGUGCCAGCGCCGAAGCUCAGCCCUUCUACGUCAACAGCCCAUACGGCAUCACCUUUGCACACAAUGGGAACUUGAUCAAUGCCGAAGAGCUCCGAUCCUACCUCGACAUUGAGGCGCACAGACACAUCAACACCGAUAGCGACAGUGAGCUGAUGUUGAACGUCUUCGCCAGUGAGCUCAAUGAGACUGGAAAGGCUCGAGUUAACGAAGAAGACCUGUUCAAGGCUUUGGAGCGGAUGUAUACCAAGUGUGUCGGAGGUUGGGCGUGUACAGCAAUGCUCGCUGGUUUUGGAAUCCUUGGCUUCCGUGAUCCUAACGGUAUCCGUCCCAUGGUUCUUGGAUCUCGGCCAUCUGGAACACUUGAAGGCGCUGUAGAUUACAUGAUUGCGUCUGAAUCGGUUGCUUUGCGUCAGCUCGGGUUCAGCGAUAUCGUUGAUAUCCUUCCCGGACAGGCAGUGUUCAUCCGCAAGGGAUGCAAACCAACGUUCCGCCAGGUUGUACCACAAGCGUCCUACUCUCCUGAUAUCUUUGAGUACGUUUAUUUUGCUCGCCCAGACACUAUUAUCGAUGGUAUUAGUGUCCACCGGAGUCGACAGAACAUGGGUUACAAGCUUGCCGAUACUAUCGUCAAGACCUUGGGCGAGGAAGCUGUCAAAGAAAUCGACGUCGUUAUCCCAAUCCCCGAGACCUCCAACACAUCGGCAGCCAGUGUCUCCGAGCGUCUCAAGAUUCCCUACUGUCAAGGCUUUGUCAAGAAUCGCUAUGUAUUCCGAACAUUCAUCAUGCCCGGUCAGGGUGCUCGCCAAAAGUCUGUCCGCAGAAAGCUCAGCGCUAUACCAUCAGAAUUUGCAGGUCGAACAGUCCUACUUGUCGAUGACAGUAUAGUGCGUGGUACCACGAGUCGGGAGAUUGUUAGCAUGGCUCGAGAAGCUGGUGCGAAGAAAGUCAUCUUUGCCUCCUCUUCUCCGCCCAUCACGCACGCACACAUCUAUGGUAUCGACCUUGCCUCACCUCUAGAGCUGGUAGCGCAUAACCGAGACCGAGCCGAAAUCGCAAAGCACAUUGGCGCCGAGGAAGUCAUCUACCAAUCCCUCAGCGACCUCAAAGCCGCCUGCGCGGAGCUCUCCCCGCGAGACCCCAAGACCCAAGAAUUCGAGGUCGGCGUCUUCUGCGGGAAAUACGUGACGCCCGUCUCUCCCGGCUACUUCGAGCAUCUGGAGCGGGUCCGCGGCGAGAGCAAGAAGAUGAAGGUCCUGGAGAGUGCCAAGGAGGCCGUCCUGCACGGCGUUGCUGGAGAGAAGGAGUUGGAUCUGAUCAUCGGCGGCGCCGUCGUCAACGCCAAUGGCCAAAUCGUUCCGCAUCAUGGCGUCAAUAGCGACGUGAACGGACACGCUCGGCGCAAGAGAGAAAGAGAGGAGUCCGGUACACCACCAGUCCGGGACCGUCAAGAUAUCAGUCUGCAUAAUUUCGCGAACGAGCCGCCGAACGGCUAUUAA